CCUAAACAUGCAACGUUGGCAAUGCAGUCACUUUGAAGAGAGGCUCGGCCUGGUUCACAUCGCAGACAAUUCCGUUCUUCGAUUCAGAAAGCUCAGGAAGGUGCAGAUAACCAAGUUAAAAUGCAGCUUGAUUUGUUUAGAAAAUUAUAUAUGUUGGUGGCUUUGUUUUGUAUUGUGUCGGCUCUCUAUUACCUGACGGGGAGAGGCUCAUUAAUACCAGCAGACUGGAGUCGUCAAAUUCAAGAUGUAGCGCCUGUCACCACAACACCGAUACCGCCCACCCAAAGCCCCACUCCUUGCAUCCCGACUGCAUAUAAUUACAAGGGAGCAGACCAGGAAGACCCCAAGCUGAUCGAAUACAUCCGACGAGAGUUGUUGGUUUCACCGUCCGUCCAUCCCUACAAACUUGCUCACCCUGAACGCGAACACUUUUCCCAAUACAACCAGUCAAAAAUCGCUAACGCAAUGCUCAAAGGAAUGAAAGGUGGAUUCUUCGUGGAAGUCGGUGCCCUCGAUGGCGAGACCGAUAGUAAUUCGAUUUUCUUUGAGAGGCAACUUGGCUGGAGAGGACUGCUGAUAGAGGCGAGACCGUCGGUUUUCGAUGUGCUGAAGACGAAAAAUAGGAAUGCUUACCUCAUUCGCGUUGCUCUUUCUAUCAAUACUUAUGCUUCUGAUGUCACUUUCCGAAAUGAUAUAGGACUCGGCAGCAGACUGGCCGAUAAGGGUAUCACGGUGAAGGGAAUGCCCUUUUUCUCUAUUCUUCGAGCCUUGGACGUCAAAAUAAUAGAUUUCUUGUCUCUGGAUAUCGAGUCUUUCGAAGUCAAGAUGCUGAAGACAGUUCCAUGGGAUAAGUUGAAGAUUAGGCUGAUGUGUAUCGAAGUAAACAUCAUCCCAGAGGGCAGGGAUUACAUAACGAAUUUCCUACAGGGAAAAGGAUAUAAAUUCUUAGGAUUUGGUUACCAUAAGAUAGAUGCUUGGUAUGCACUGCCGGAGCUCCUAACUACAGAUGUAAAACCUUUGGACUUUAGUCCGUAGUUGUAUAUUGUUACUUAAAGUAUUUUUCACUGAUAA